GCUGUUGGCCAAGCAAGGGCGGAUGAAACAACACCAAAAGCAGAUCUUUCCUGGCCCCCCCCUCUCCUGUUUCAUCGUCUCGUCUCCCCCUCUUUAUCUUCCCCUCGCCGCGUGGUCCUUCGCAUCUACAGUUCCGUUCCCUCCUCUGUGAUCGUCGGAUAUCCCCUCCUUCCUCCGGUCUCCCCCUUCGCUCCACAGUCGAUUUGCUGAAUGGCCAACGCGCUGGGGAUCGUCUCGCCGUCCGUGCACUGCUUCCGGCGGAGGAAUCGGGCUCCUCUGGGGCUGGACGGAUCCGAGAAGAAGACGGCGCUCAUCUGCUUGGCCGCCGCCGAUGGCGGCGUCGAGGGCCGCGUCCUCGACUCUACCUCAUCAAGGUCUUGCCGUCCGAGAGUUGUUGGCAUGGGCUCCAAACUUGUUGGAUGUGGAUCAGCUGUCCCGAAGCUUCUUAUUUCCAAUGAUGACCUUGCACAAAUUGUUGAAACCUCAGAUGAAUGGAUUUCUGUUCGGACAGGGAUUCGUAACAGACGAGUUCUUUCAGAAAAUGAAACAUUGGGUGGCUUGGCUGUAGCUGCAGCAAAAGGGGCUCUUCAAAUGGCUCAUGUAGAAGCUGAAGAAGUUGAUCUUGUCAUAAUGUGCACAUCCACACCGGAUGAUCUCUUUGGAUGUGGUGCCCAGGUUCAAAGAGACUUGGGAUGCAAAAACGCAUGGGCCUUUGACAUAACAGCUGCUUGUAGUGGAUUUGUUGUAGGACUCAUUACUGCUACUCGAUUUAUUAAAGGUGGUGGGUUUCAGAAUAUCCUGGUAGUUGGUGGAGAUGUCCUUUCACGCUAUGUGGACUGGACAGAUAGAGGCACAUGCAUACUUUUUGGAGAUGCUGCUGGUGCAGUGUUGGUCCAGGCGUGUGGUAGUGAUGAAGACGGCUUGCUUGGCUUUGACUUACACAGUGAUGGCCAUGGCCAAAGGCAACUAAAUGCUCCAGCCAAAGAUGACCACAGCAACUUCAUCUCAAACAAUAAUGGUACUUCUUUGUUUCCUCCAAAGAAAGCAUCAUAUUCUUGCAUCCAGAUGAAUGGUAAGGAGGUCUUCCGCUUUGCCGUGCGCUGCGUACCACAGUCAAUCGAAGCUGCACUGGAAGAAGCUGGCCUCACUAGUUCUAGCAUUGACUGGUUGCUACUUCAUCAGGCAAACCAGCGGAUCAUAGAUGCUGUAGCCACCCGAUUAGAGAUCCCUUCAGCUAAGGUCAUAUCGAAUUUGGCAAACUAUGGGAAUACAAGUGCUGCAUCCAUUCCUUUAGCAUUGGAUGAGGCCGUCCGGACUGGAAAGGUCCAGGCUGGCAACACCAUUGCCACUGCAGGUUUUGGUGCUGGACUCACAUGGGGCUCAGUAAUCAUGAGGUGGAAAUGAAGCUUCCUCAAGGAUGGAGGUAGAAGUUUGUUCGGAUUGAUAUCCUCAACCUUGUGAACAUCAAUUUCCCUGAGCCAGCUCGGACUUUCACCCAUGCUUCAGGUUGAAGGGAUUGGUUCCUGUUUUUUUUUGUCCAUGUUCUACUACCGAUAUCCUAAAAUGGCUGUCUUUUUUUUUUGUCCUUUCAUCAGUAAGAUUGUUUUAUCAGGUCAAAUAACGAGAACCCCAGCAUUAUUUACUUUCCCUUGGCCACAAUGGGGUACUGGACCGUGUGCUAAAGAACAGCAACCCCAAGUGCCAUUCUACUAGAUUUUGCUUCAUCCCACCAGUGUGAUGAAGCUAGCAAUUCAUAGAGUAGUAUUGAAUGGUUUGGUUCUUUUCACAGACACACUGCUGGUAUCAGAUGAAACCAUUAAAUUCUUUUUUGUGAGAAUGGUGAAGCUCCAUCGCUGAUACCUCUGAGGUGCAAAUCUGGGACUUGGCUGUUUGACACUUGUUGUUCUUACAUCUUAUUUGAAAAAAUAA